AUCGAAAGAAGCUCCACUUUUGCUAUUUAUUAAACUGCUUUCUCUCCCUAUCUCUCUAUCUCUCUCUCUAACCACAAACACAAGAAAAAAUGCAGCCGUGCAGCAGAGAAAUGGCCGCCGGCGGCCUCAACUCCCCGACGACGACAACUCCCUCCCACCAAUUCCAACUCCACGACCUCCACCAGAUCCACGGCGGCCACCACACCCACCACUUCGACCCUUCCUCCGCCUCCGCCGACGACUUCCUCGACCAGAUCCUCUCCUCCGCCGCCUCCUCCCCCUGGUCCUCCGCCGCCGCCGCCGACCUCAUCAAGUCCCCCUGGGCCGACCUCGCCGCCGGAGACUCCACCCACGACGACAACAACAAUGGGUUCUUCAACGACGACCCCGCCGCCAUCAACCUCGCCUCCAAGUUCCGCCACCACCAGAUCAACGGCGGCGCUACCAACAACAACGACAACAAGAUGAUGCUUCAGCAGCAGCUCCUCAUGGCUUCCGCCGCCGCCGCCGCCGCUGGCGACGGAGCUCCCCUUUCGCUGUUUAACGGGUUCGGAUCCGGAUCUAUCCAGCCCCAGCAGCAUUUCCACCAUCCUGCUACUCAGGGGCCCGGGGGAGGAGCUAUGCAACCUGGACAGAGCUUCGGCGCAGGAGGAGGACAGUCCGGCGCCGCUGCUUCGCCGGGGAAAGCUCAGCCGCAGGCGAGCGGGUCAACGGGAGGGGCGGCGACGGCGUCGCAGGGGAAGCCGAGGGUCAGGGCUAGGAGAGGCCAAGCUACCGAUCCCCACAGUAUAGCUGAAAGGUUAAGAAGGGAAAGAAUUGCAGAGAGAAUGAAGUCGCUGCAGGAGCUGGUUCCCAAUGCCAACAAGACGGACAAGGCCUCAAUGCUGGACGAGAUCAUCGACUAUGUCAAGUUCCUCCAGCUCCAAGUCAAGGUACUUAGCAUGAGUCGUCUCGGUGGUGCCGGCGCCAUCGCUCCUCUCGUCACCAACGACAUGUCCUCCGAGGGAGGCGGCGGAGACUGCAUUCAGGCCAACGGAGGAAGCAACCCGGCGAACGGCGGCGGGUCCGAGAGCAGCAUGACGAUGACGGAGCAGCAGGUGGCGAAGCUGAUGGAGGAGGACAUGGGUUCGGCGAUGCAGUACCUACAAGGGAAAGGGCUCUGCCUCAUGCCGAUCUCCCUCGCCACCGCCAUCUCCACCGCCACGUGUCGCAACCAGCCCUCGUCGCCCAACUUGUCGGUCCUCACCGGCGGGGACGUCGCGGUCAAGGACUCCACGUCAGCUACCAAGCCGUGAUCCUCACGCCGUUUACUCUUGACUUCGAGGGGACUUUUAUCCGGUAAAUAAAAAAAGAAAAAAAAAAGGAGGGAAGGAGACGGACGGAGACGGGAAGUGGUGAUGACGUGUGCGACUGCGAAAGACUAGUGUAGUCUGACGUGGAUGGAUGGACGGAACGGGUUAUCACUUUUCUGAUUUCUGCAAACGGAACGUUGACGAAGUCUACGGAAAUAAGGGGUCGAAUUGACUGACGGAGAAUGAGUGGGAUGCACGACGUCGUAUUUGCUUAGACUUUGUUUUCUACAUUUUAAUUAUUAAUUAGUAUAGAGCUUUAGCUAACCGCUUUUUUAAAAUUUAUUAUUCUGUAUUUUAUGUUGUAUUUUGCUUUUUGCUCUAAUUUCAACAAGACCACUACGGUUACCAAAAAAAGACAAGAUUCGACCAGAUCCCGAGAAGGAGAAGAAGGGAUUUUCUUUUGUUUUUUUAGGGAGGAAAAGAGGUUUACUACAUCAUGAUUAAUUAAUUAAACUAAUUAUCGUGUAUGUACUUAAAAAUCAAUUUUAUAGCGAGUUGGAUUACUAAUAAAAUUGUUAUUUCCGGCCUCGUUUGUUGAAGGAUUCCAAAUAACUCGUUUGUGCUAAUUAAGUAUAGUG